AUGUUAAACCUUCUUGGCUGUGAAAGCGGCCUUCGUAUGUAUCCAUGUGGUAUACCUCAUUUGACCUUUGACCUUUCAACCCCAUUUGACCGCUGUCCCCCCUCUCUCCUCCAGGACAAUGGGGAGGAUGCCCACAGGAUCGCCCCCUCUCCGGUGGUCCACGUGCGGGGGCUCUGUGAGUCAGUGGUGGAGGGGGACCUGGUGGAGGCCCUGGAGAAGUUUGGCAACAUCUGGUAGGUGAUAUUUCUUGUUGUCUGUUCUGCUUUGAUGGACAUGUGGCAAUCUUUUGCCUCAUUUCCAUUACAUGGUUGCAUGUGCAUAUGAUUAUUUUAAAUGUACUAUAUUUUAAAUGUACUGCACUGUAGUGCAUUACAUAACUGUAUUCAUAGUUCAGAUUUGCACUUACUGUAACUCAGUUUUCACUUACCAGGAAGAGCCAACUACUAUAUUACUAUACAUGUUAGUUAGUAUUCUAAUACUAUUAUGCGUCUGAGCAGCUCACUGAUUGAACGCAUCAACAGAAUGUAUUGAGAUGCAUAUUUUUUCCCUGUGUGCAGUUUGAUUGUUUUUCUCCAACAAAGCCAAUGGGAUUGGACUCUUUGUCCUGUAAGAAUACAACUCCCUCUUUCUGGAUUUUUUAUCUCCCAUUGCCAUUUCUUCAGUGUUGGAAAUCCAUUUUUAAUGCAUUUAAAUGCAAAAACAAUCUCCCGGUUAUCAUAUUUCUCGUAGAAAAGGACCAUUAAGGGCUUGGAAAACCUGAAUGUAUGCCAUUUAGGACCUGUAUUUUUAGCUCAUGUCUGUCCUCUAAAUUGCCUGCUUUUAACAUCAGACCACACAUGUUUACUCAAGGGUAUAAGUGCUCUGGGGACAAACAUGAUAAUGAUACUCUUAUUGCAUGGGACUGGCUGGGGAAGUCUCAUUUGAGGCACUCACACAACGGGGAAUACACAGCAGAGGCUUAUUUGCAGAGCCCCUUCACGUUCACUUAGAGAAUCAAGAACGUUUUGAUUUGAAGUCGAGGUGAAUUUGGGUGAAAUUUGGAAAAAAUGACAAUGACCCCGUAGACGCACUCAAGUUGCUCAACUGAUAUACAACGCAUUCGGCACAACGGUGGUGACACAAGGGAGAGUUUUUCUGCACAAAAGUAUUGAUACACACGUUUUGUGGAGACACCGCACAAUGGUUGUGUAAACAUUUUUAUGCAGACAAACUCUCCAUUGUAUCACAAACAUAGCAGUUGUAUCACAACCAUUGUGUAAAAUGCGUUGUACAUCAGUUUUACAACCUGAGUGUGUACGGGGCCAAUAUGCCUGGGAUUAUUGUAAAUAUCUUCCUGCCACCAUCCAUCCCAGUGUCACUUGAUAUUUCCGUAACUCGGGGGAUCGCCGCUUUUAAGAUAUUAUGGGAUGUGGAUUUGAUUGCAGAGGACUUGACUUGUGCGCUGGUAGGGUACGUUUCCCUGUGCUGUAGUCGGAAUUGAGAUCAGGCGAGGGUAUUUUUAAGGUCGGUGCAAUAUCGAUAUACUGUAGGUCUCUGAGUACGCCAUAGGCAGACAUAUUGUGACACGGUGAACGUGAGCUGUCAGCUCCACUCAAACAGUAGCUUCAAGGACAGCAUUCACAUUAGAAUGAUGGGGAGGCUUUAUUGUGCAAUGCUAUUUAUGGGGGUGAAGAGUGUGCUCUGUCUGCAAUUUAAGUAGUGCAUUAUCUGGUACUUUUUGUUGUUGUUUCAAAAACAAUAAGGUAUAUAUUUUUUGCCUGCGGGUAUAAUGCAGUUAUAAUGUCUUAUAAUCACAAUCAUUCAAUACCAGCCAUUCUUAUUAGAUAAUGUAAGAUACUAGCUAGAUGAAUAGUUGUUGACUGUAAAAUAAAGCGUAACCAGGGGGACAUUUUAUGUUUUACUUAUGUUGAACUCUUUCUAGUUCAACAAAAAUAGAAUGCGUGGUGAAUAGCAGCACCUUAAGAGAGGCAAUAACUUACAAAGAGUUUGGUUUCUAUCUGCCGUGUUAUAAUCUCUCCACAAAUGUUACCUCAGUUUGGUUUGAGGUUCUGUUAGACAAGACAAAUUUCUACUUUUAUUUUACCAGCACUGCAUGGAGUCUGUAUAAGAAAAACAUUGAGUGAUCUAACUAGGGAAUUGGGGAGCUAAAAUUGAAUAUGGGCCACUGUGUGAAACACUGGCUAGGUCUUCAGUGUGUGGGGAUUCUUACUGUGUAUGAAUGCUGUCUCUGUUUCCCGUGGCAGGGUGUAGAUGAUUCGUGAAUGCUGAUUCUGAUUGAUAUGAUUGUUGCCAAAGGAGAGCUGUGUAAAGAGAUAUAUUAGACGUAGGGCUUGUUGCUUACUAAUUCUAAAGUUAUGAGGAUGAUAGUAUGGUUGUGGAUUGUACAUCAAUGGAUGAAGGUGUCUUCCUUUUAGGGAGUUUUUUCCUUUUGCUUGCUUUUUGGGGGCUAGGCUGAGUUACUGUAAAGCACUUUGUGACAAAUGUUGUAACCAUUGUUUUUUGGGUUGUUGUUGUUGUAAAAAAGGGUCAUAAUUUUCUUUGGAUUGAUUGAGAAGUAAGAACAUGGAUUGUUGCUUGACAAUCAUCAAAUGUCUGUAACAUGACUGAAACAAGGUUUGUUGAUUGAUUUAUUGAUUGAUUUAAUUGAUUAGAUCAUUAAAAGUAGCAGGCCUGCUCCAGCCGGUGACAACAUUACAUGAAACAGUAUUAAGGAUGAAAAGCCCUAAGGCUUAUUUCCAUUGUGGUUCUCUUUGGAAGCAAGAUGACAGGUAGUUUCAAGCUAGUUUACACUAUCACUGUUUUCAACAGAUAUUGCAUGACAGUCUGAUUUUUUUGUCGAGUGUCGCACAGCAUCCAAUAAACAGGGAUAGGAAACGUUUUCUCUGUCAUGAGACAAAAUAAUGAAACUCGCACGACAAUCGUGUGCCGUAUUCUAUAGAUGUCAUCUCAGAACCCAUAACUGCAUUUCAUGCUAGGUAGCUAUCAACAUUUUCUAAAUUUCGUCGGUCACCAGAGAUCAGCCUCGAUGUUGCAGUGGGUUACUAAUUGUGUCUUUGUCAUUGGGUCUUCCUUUGACAGCUACGUCAUGAUGAUGCCGUUCAAGCGUCAGGCGCUGGUGGAGUUUGAAGCUAUGGAGAGCGCCGACCAGUGCGUGACAUGCGGCACCAACGAAGCGGUCAACAUUGCCGGCCAGCAGGCCUUCUUCAACUACUCCACCAGCAAGAGGAUCACGCGGCCAACUAACGCCGAUGACCCCAACAGUGGCAACAAAGUCCUGCUCCUGUCCAUUCAGAACCCUCUCUAUCCCAUCACCACUGUGAGUUCAUGAACUUCAUGCCAGUUCAGUGCAAUGGUUGAGUUUACAAUGUUGACAAUAGUUUAGAUCACUAUGGUUUAGUUGACGAUGGUUUAGUUUACAAUGGUUUAGCUUUCAAUAGUUUAACUUACGGUAGUCAACCCACUGGGCACAAGCUGGUUAAAUCAACGUUGUUUCAACAUCAUUUGUUAACAUAUUGUGAUGUGGAAUCUACGUGGAAAAUACAUUGGAUUUGAAAAAUGUCAUCAAUAGUUGUUUUGAGGGGUAACAUUUCAACCACAGGAUUAUGUCAUCAUGGUAACCAAUUUUCAACAUAGACAAACCUUGUAUAAAAUAUGUUGAAUUUGUACCUUUGAAACAACGUCAGAUCUUCAACAUCCACUAUAAGAAAAAAAGCAAUAGGCUGGGCAGCACCUCUUACUGGACAGUUGAUCUAUCUACAGCUAUUCCUUCGGUCUCCCAUCCAGGGUUUUAACCAAGCCUUGCUUAGCCUUGAUAUUUGUCACUGACUAUUACCAUAAUAUAAUAAUAUAUAUGCCAUUUAGCAGAUGCUUUUAUCCAAAGUGACUUACAGUCAUGUGUGCAUACAUUUUACAUGUGGGUGGCCCUGUGGGUGGCCCAGGGAAUCGAACCCACAAUCCUGGCGUUUCAAGCGCCAUGCACUACCAACUGGGCCAUACAGGACCACUUUAUUGGCGCUGCAUGUCACGCACUGGUCGGCACUCUCCAUGGCUUCAAACUCCACCAGCACCUGGCGCUUGAACGCCAUCAUCAUGACAUAGCUGUCAAAGGAAGACCCAAUGACAAAGACACAAUUAGUAACCCACUGCAACAUCGAGGCUGAUCUCUGGUGACCGACAAAAUUUAGAAAAUUUAGAUAGCUAACUAGCAUGAAAUGUGGUUAUGGGAUCUAAGAUUACAGCUAUAGAAUACGGCACACGAUUGUCAUGCGAGUUUAGAGAGUCUGUCUUUACCAAUUUGCUAUCGUGAGAAUGAUUGUUGAGAAAUCUCACUGUUGCUAUCAAAGUCAUUCCAAAGGGUAGGUUCACAGAGCAAAUGAAAUUUAACCAUACUUUAUCAAUCAUUCUGUAUAUCAUCAAUGAUGCAAUUUAGGCCUAUAUAGCAUUUGGGAAGUAAUCAACAGCUAUUGUUUAAAUUCAGCCAAGGAUUCAACUAAAAAUAGACAAUAAAUAUAAGCCUAGGGUUUCAAGCUUUGGUUGAUUUGAAAUGAAUAAUAAAUAUGUUGGAUUCACAUCUCCAUCUCAACCAAAAUUAAAAGUUGAAGAAUAGGAUUAAAUCAAAUAAAACUGAAUUUAAAGUUAAUUUAAAGUUUGAUUUGAUUUUUUUGUCCUAUUCUUUAACAUAUAUUGUUUGGUUGAAAUGGAGACGUGACUCCAACAUAAAGAUUAUUAAUUUGUUGUCAAACUGGAAUUGAAGCGAAACUCAGUGGCACAGAUGGUGCUAUCCAAGCAGAAGAUGCACCUCCUUCAAAAGUAGAUAUUUGGUUGUGUUGACAACCAAACACAAUUCAAUAUCACUUUUGCAAUAUGGUAAAUAGCCUAAUAACUUGUCGACAAGUUAACCAAUUAUAUGUUGGAUUCUCGUCUCCAUCUCAACCAAAAAUAAAAGUUAAAGAAUAGGAUUAAGCUAGUGGCCCAGAUGGAACUAUCCAAGCAGUAGAUACAGUGGCUUGCGAAAGAAUUCACCCCCGUUGGCAUUUUUCCUAUUUUGUUGCCUUACAACCUGGAAUUAAAUUUGAUUUUUGAGGGGUUUGUAUCAUUUGAUUUACACAACAUGCCUACCACUUUGAAUAUGCAAUUAUAAUUUUUUUGUGAAACAAAUAAGAAAUAAGACAAAAAAACAGAAAACUUGUGCGUGCAUAACUAUUCACCCCCCCAAAGUCAAUACUUUGUAGAGCCACCUUUUGCAGCAAUUACAGCAGCAGGUCUCUUGGGGUAUGUCUCUAUAAGCUUGGCACAUCUAGCCACUGGGAUUGUUGCCCAUUCUUUAAGGGAAAACUGCUCCAGCUCCUUCAAGUUGGAUGGGUUCCGCUGGUGUACAGCAAUCUUUAAGUCAUACCACAGAUUCUCAAUUGGAUUGAGGUCUGGGCUUUGACCAGGCCAUUCCAAGACAUUUAAAUGUUUCCCCUUAAACCACUCAAGUGUUGCUUUAGCAGUAUGCUUAGGGUCAUUGUCCUGCUGAAGGUGAACCUCCGUCCGAGUCUCAGAUCUCUGGAAGACUGAAACAGGUUUCCCUCAAGAAUUUCCCUGUAUUUAGCGCCAUCCAUCAUUCCUUCAAUUCUGACCAGUUUCCCAGUCCCUGCCGAUGAAAAACAUACCCCACAGCAUGAUGCUGCCACUACCAUGCUUCACUGUGGGGAUGGUGUUCUCGGGGUGAUGAGAGGUGUUGGGUUUGCGCCAGAUAUAGCGUUUUCCUUGAUGGCCAAAAAGCUCAAUAUUAGUCUCAUCUGACCAGAGUACCUUCUUCCAUAUGUUUGGGGAGUCUCCCACAUGCCUUUUGGCGAACACCAAACGUGUUUGCUUAUUCUUUUCUUUAAGCAAUGGCUUUUUUCACUCUUCUGUAAAGCCCAGCUCUGUGGAGUGUACUGCUUAAAGUGGUCCUAUGGACCAAUCUCCGCUGUGGAGCUUUGCAGCUCCUUCAGGGUUAUCUUUGGUCUCUUUGUUGCCUCUCUGAUUAAUGCCCUCCUUGCCUGGUCCGUGAGUUUUGGUGGGCGGCCCUCUCUUGCAGGUUUGUUGUGGUGCCAUAUUCUUUCAAUUUUUUAAUAAUGGAUUUAAUGGUUCUCUGUGGGAUGUUCAAAGUUUCAGCUUUUUUUUAUAACCCAACCCUGAUCUGUACUUCUCCACAACUUUGUCCCUGACCUGUUUGGAGAGCUCCUUGGUCUUCAUGGUGCCGCUUACUUGGUGGUGCCCCUUGCUUAGUGGUGUUGCAGACUCUGGGGCCUUUCAGAACAGGUGUAUAUAUACUGAGAUUAUGUGACAGAUCAUGUGACACUUAGAUUGCACACAGAUGGACUUUAUUUAACUAAUUAUGUGACUUCUGAAGGUAAUUGGUUGCACCAUAUCUUAUUUAGGGGCUUCAUAGCAAAGGGGGUGAAUACAGACAGUGGGGGAAAAAAGUAUUUAGUCAGCCACCAAUUGUGCAAGUUCUCCCACUUAAAAAGAUGAGAGAGGCCUGUAAUUUUCAUCAUAGGUACACGUCAACUAUGACAGACAAAAUGAGAAAAAAAAAUCCAGAAAAUCACAUUGUAGGAUUUUUAAUGAAUUUAUUUGCAAAUUAUGGUGGAAAAUAAGUAUUUGGUCAAUAACAAAAGUUUCUCAAUACUUUGUUAUAUACCCUUUGUUGGCAAUGACACAGGUCAAACGUUUUCUGUAAGUCUUCACAAGGUUUUCACACACUGUUGCUGGUAUUUUGGCCCAUUCCUCCAUGCAUAUCUCCUCUAGAGCAGUGAUGUUUUGGGGCUGUCGCUGGGCAACACAGACUUUCAACUCCCUCCAAAGAUUUUCUAUGGGGUUGAGAUCUGGAGACUGGCUAGGCCACUCCAGGACCUUGAAAUGCUUCUUACGAAGCCACUCCUUCGUUGCCCGGACGGUGUGUUUGGGAUCAUUGUCAUGCUGAAAGACCCAGCCACGUUUCAUCUUCAAUGCCCUUGCUGAUGGAAGGAGGGUUUCACUCAAAAUCUCACGAUACAUGGCCCCAUUCAUUCUUUCCUUUACACGGAUCAGUCGUCCUGGUCCCUUUGCAGAAAAACAGCCCCAAAGCAUGAUGUUUCCACUCCCAUGCUUCAGAGUAGGUAUGGUGUUCUUUGGAUGCAACUCAGUAUUCUUUGUCCUCCAAACACGACGAGUUGAGUUUUUACCAAAAAGUUAUAUUUCGGUUUCAUCUGACAUUCUCCCAAUCCUCUUCUGGAUCAUCCAAAUGCACUCUAGCAAACUUCAGACGGGCCUGGACAUGUACUGGCUUAAGCAGGGGGACACGUCUGGCACUGCAGGAUUUGAGUCCCUGGUGGCGUAGUGUGUUACUGAUGGUAGGCUUUGUUACUUUGGUCCCAGCUCUCUGCAGGUCAUUCACUAGGUCCCCCCGUGUGGUUCUGGGAUUUUUGCUCACCGUUCUUGUGAUCAUUUUGACCCCACGGGGUGAGAUCUUGCGUGGAGCCCCAGAUCGAGGGAGAUUAUCAGUGGUCUUGUAUGUCUUCCAUUUCCUAAUAAUUGCUCCCACAGUUGAUUUCUUCAAACCAAGCUGCUUACCUAUUGCUGAUUCAGUCUUCCCAGCCUGGUGCAGGUCUACAAUUUUGUUUCUGGUGUCCUUUGACAGCUCUUUGGUCUUGGCCAUAGUGGUGUUUGGAGUGUGACUGUUUGAGGUUGUGGACAGGUGUCUUUUAUACUGAUAACAAGUUCAAACAGGUGCCAUUAAUACAGGUAACGAGUGGAGGACAGAGGAGCCUCUUAAAGAAGAAGCUACAGGUCUGUGAGAGCCAGAAAUCUUGCUUGUUUGUAGGUGACCAAAUACUUAUUUUCCACCAUAAUUUGCAAAUAAAUUCAUUAAAAAUCCUACAAUGUGAUUUUCUGGAGAAAAAAAAUCUCAAUUUGUCUGUCAUAGUUGACGUGUACCUAUGAUGAAAAUUACAGGCCUCUCUCAUCUUUUUAAGUGGGAGAACUUGCACAAUUGGUGGCUGACUAAAUACCUUUUUUCCCCCACUCUAUGCACGCACCACUUUUCCUUUAUAUAUAUUUUUUACUUUUUUGAAACAAGUUAUUUUUUAAAUUUCACUUCACCAAUUUGGACUAUUUUGUGUAUGUCCAUUACAUGAAAUCCAAAUAAAAAUCCAUAUAAAUUACAGGUUGUAAUGCAACAAAAUAGGAAAUACGCCAAAGAGGAUGAAUAAUUUUUAGGGAAAAAGUAUUUGAUCCCCUGCUGAUUUUGUACGUUUGCCCACUGACAAAGAAAUGAUCAGUCUAUAAUUUUAAUGGUAGGUUUAUUUGAACAGUGAGAGACAGAAUAACAACAACAACAAAAAAUCCAGAAAAACGCAUGUCAAAAAUGUUAUAAAUUGAUUUGCAUUUUAAUGAGGGAAAUAAGUAUUUGACCCCCUCUCAAUCAGAAAGAUUUCUGGCUCCCAGAUGUCUUUUAUACAGGUAACGAGCUGAGAUUAGGAGCACACUCUAAAGGGAGUGCUCCUAAUCUCAGUUUGUUACCUGUAUAAAACACACCUGUCCACAGAAGCAAUCAAUCAAUCAGAUUCCAAACUCUCCACCAUGGCCAAGACCAAAGAGCUCUCCAAGGAUGUCAGGGACAAAGUUGUAGACCUACACAAUGCUGGAAUGGGCUACAAGACCAUCGCCAAGCAGCGAUUAUUCGCAAAUGGAAGAAACACAAAAGAAAACUGUCAAUCUCCCUCUGCCUGGGGCUCCAUGCAAGAUCUCACCUCGUGGAGUUGCAAUGAUCAUGAGAACGGUGAGGAAUCAGCCCAGAAGUACACGGGAGGAUCUUGUCAAUGAUCUCAAGGCAGCUGGGACCAUAGUCACCAAGAAAACAAUUGGUAACACACUACGCCGUGAAGGACUGAAAUCCUGCAGCGCCCGCAAGGUCCCUUUGCUCAAGAAAGCACAUAUACAUGCCCGUCUGAAGUUUGCCAAUGAACAUCUGAAUGAUUCAGAGGAGAACUGGGUGAAAGUGUUGUGGUCAGAUGAGACCAAAAUGGAGCUCUUUGGCAUCAACCCAACUCGCCGUGUUUGGAGGAGGAGGAAUGCUGCCUAUGACCCCAAGAACACCAUCCCCACCGUCAAACAUGGAGGUGGAAACAUUAUGCUUUGGGGGUGUUUUUCUGCUAAGGGGACAGGACAACUUCACCGCAUCAAAGGGACGAUGGACGGGGCCAUGUACCGUCAAAUCUUGGGUGAGAACCUCCUUCCCUCAGCCAAGGCAUUGAAAAUGGGUCGUGGAUGGGUAUUCCUGCAUGACAAUGACCCAAAACACACGGCCAAGGCAACAAAGGAGUGGCUCAAGAAGAAGCACAUUAAGGUCCUGGAGUGGCCUAGCCAGUCUCCAGACCUUAAUCCCAUAGAAAAUCUGUGGAGGGAGCUGAAGGUUCAAGUUGCCAAACGUCAGCCUCGAAACCUUAAUGACUUGGAGAAGAUCUGCAAAGAGGAGUGGGACAAAAUCCCUCCUGAGAUGUGUGCAAACCUGGUGGCCAACUACAAGAAAUGUCUGACCUCUGUGAUUGCCAACAAGGGUUUUUCCACCAAGUACUAAGUCAUGUUUUGCAGAGGGGUCAAAUACUUAUUUCCCUCAUUAAAAUGCAAAUCAAUUUAUAACAUUUUUGACAUGCGUUCUUCUGGAUUUUUUUGUUGUUAUUCUGUCUCUCACUGUUCAAAUAAACUUACCAUUAAAAUUAUAGACUGAUAAUUUCUUUGUCAGUGGGCAAACGUACAAAAUCAGCAGGGGAUCAAAUACUUUUUUCCCUCACUGUACAUAUCCUUUAAAUGUUGAUAUUUGGUUGCGUUGUCAACCAAACACAAUUCAAUAUUGCUUUUGUAAGACAGUAAAUAGCAUAAUGUUAAGGCUAUCUUACAAACUAAUAUAACAGUAUUUAUUCAACCUUAAAAUGAGUAACACAUCCAUGGCUACAUUUUGAGGUUACUGUAACAAUAAACGUUUUCUUAUGUAAUCAUAGAAAGCGUUCAGGGUCGCAGGUCUGUAGAAAUCUUUGCAAUUGCAAUAAUAAUCUUGACAAAAUCUCAAACGGCAUUGAUCAUUUCCACCAUGUACUUUAAUGUAAUCUCAGGUAACUGCAAUCCAGGUCAUGUGAUUGUGCUAUUAGAUCAAGCACAGUGAUAACACAUUAAGUUGUUGUAUCUAAAUAAACUAAAUAUCUGACAUUGUAUUCCCAUUUGAUCUUUGGUGUGCUUUUAAAUGGUGGAAAGCGCAGUGAUAACACAUUUAGGUGAAAACUAAACCAAAAAUCUGACAUUGAUUUUCCAUUGGAAUUUGGUUGUGCUUUUAGAUGGUUGAAAGCAUAGUGAUAACACAUUGGGAAUUCAACAAACUUUUGUCUGUCUUUUUGAGUGGGUGAAAAUAGGUUGGAACCACAUUGAUCAAUGUAUCUACCAAAUAUGACCCAAUUCUCCACGUUGAAAUGCCCAGUGGGGCAUUUACAAUGGUGUUGCUUACGAUGACUUAGUGUACAACGAUUUAGCUUGGAUUUCCCGAAAGCCUUGUAGCUAAUGUGGCAUGUUAUUUAUCUCAACAACCCAGCUGCUCAGCCACAAGAGAGUAACGUAAAGUCUAAAAUGUAUGUUUAAUUGACAGCCAAUCUUCUAUCCAUGAACAAAUAUAAUCAAAAGAAGCAAGAAUAAAUACUCUUCUACUUGUGGUGUUGGUCUGGGUCAUCGAGGAAAAUACCACAUGAACUACUAAGCUUUCAGGAAACUCACCCCUGAAUUGUUACUUAUUAUUGUGUUAAUUAUGGCAUUAGUCAGAACCCAGUCAUUGCUCUUCUGUCUUCUAGGAUGUUCUAUACACAGUCUGCAAUCCCAUAGGCAACGUGCUGCGAAUUGUCAUCUUCAAACGCAAUGGAAUCCAGGCCAUGGUGGAAUAUCCUUUCUGGAGUCAAGCUGGGCUACUGCAGGCGUGUGUGCGUGCGUGUGUGUGUGUCCGUGUGUGUGUGUCCGUGCAUGCACUGUAGAUGCAUGUCUAUGUGUGUGGAUUCAGGAGUCUGUCUGUAUGAGUGAUUCUCACAAACAAACACAAACAAACACACACACACACUCAGGCUGUAAAAAGGUUCAGAAUGUCGGAAGCAGUGUGUGUGUGUGUGUGUGCGUGUGUAUGAGUGUGUGUGUGUGUGUGUGUGUGUGUGUGUGUGUAUGAGUGUGUGUGUGUGUGUCUAUUAUGGUUUGCACACCUCCAGUAUGUGUAGUGGGUUAGAGGCCCUAUUUUAACAUACUCUUCAUUACGCAAGCCUUAUAUCAGAUUAACAACCUAUGUAAUAAUUAGCAUGUUGUAGGCCAGUCCGUGCAUGCACUUCUGGAGUGUGAACCACAUUUGUGUUCAGUUUUGGUAUUUUCUUGGAAAAAAUAAUCAACAAUGGGAAGUACUUUUUAACUGAUAUAAUGAAGUACUGAUAAACCUAGUUCAUAGUAAUUUGAUAACUAAUUCCCAUAUUGUUCCCUUAUUUAUAGUCACAUUGUAACACAAUGGGCCUCUGUUUAUAUUUACUGUCUAGCAUUAUAAGACAUUUCACUUUGUCCCCAAGUUGGCUCAUUAUGUAGAUCAUGUACAGCUAUCAGUCUCUACAGUUUCUUGCUAAUGGUACCACCAGGAGCAGAGAUUGGCCAAUGGAAACUCAGGAGACAAGGGAUUGUGUCACUGUUGUGUCAGGUUUGGGUUUUAUGGGAGAUGGAUGCUUAAAUCCCCUGUUUUAUUGCCACUGGGAUGUGGUUGCUAUGGCAAUGGGGGUUUCUAAGGCACUCUGUGUUGUAUGUGUGUUUGAUCUGAUCUGUGGUGUGUUCCAAUGGGUGUACCAUCACAUACUGUAUUUGAUCAUAUAAUAUUUUAAGACAUAGGCUCAAGAAGCGAGAAAUAGAAGACAAUUUGGCCCACCUCGAUUAGAUUUCAAUUCUAUUAUAUUAGCACAACCAUUUUGGACCUUUUUAUGCUGUUAGGUUUUUAUAGUGAUUUUACUUUUACUACCUAAUUUGCAUAACGAUCUGCUCGUCUGCAUUUUACUGGAACCAGAGCAGCUUGAUAAGAUUUCAUGAUGGUUAGAGUGACUCAGCCCAUUGUAAUUGUGCUUUAGAGUAGCUGUAAUCAGCUCAGUCACUGCCAAUAAGGUUCUAGAAAAGGGCCUUGUUCAAAUACUCUUAAAAUUAAUCCUUCCUUCCUCCCUUCUUCAACUAAUCACUGAUUUGACAUGAAUGGAUUGAUGUAAGCAAGCAUUCCAUUGUAUUGCACCAAUUACGCCAUGUCAGAUCAGUGAUUACAAGAAAGCGAGGGAGGAAAGAUGCUUUUUAGGAGGAUUCGAACAGGGCCCUAUUCUAUUACCUAAUCUGCAAUUGCUGAGCUUAUUACAGCUUCUCUGAAGCAGAAUUACAUUGGGCUGAGUGACCCAAGAGUAUGCAAACAGCCUUAGUCGUCUGUAGGGUGGCUUGUGGUUCUUGCUCCAUCUCCUAUGUUUUUGCCUUCUGGUCAUUGUGAUUCUACACUGAUCUACUCUGUUUGCCACACAACGUUUUGAAUUCCACUGAGAUCCUCCCGUUUGCUCUUCCUUAAUGGUGUUUCCACAUUUGAAACUGUCAAAAUCGCCCAGAAGGCGAAAUCGGCUCUCAACGGAGCAGACAUAUACGCCGGCAGCUGCACCCUGAAGAUCGAAUACGCUCGGGUAAACACACAUACUCACAAACCCACAUACACACACAGUGCUCACACACACUCCACCAGCAUCCCUGUGGACCCCUAACACACAUGCAGCGGUGCUCUGCUCUCUCUCCCCAUGCAGCCCACGCGACUCAACGUCCUCCGCAACGACAAUGAUAGCUGGGACUACACAAAGCCCUUUCUCGUCAGGCGAGGUACGAUAUCCUUCCUUCUCUGCUGUAUCUCUUCCUGUACUAGGGUUGUAUUCAUUAGGUAGCAAACUGAAGAAAACGGACUGGAACAAGGAGAGAAUACCUGGACUUGUCCUGUAAAAAACGCUCAUUGUAGUUCUCUGUUGCAAAACGUUUUUAAACCAUUCUCAGUUGCAUGCUCUAAUGAAUACGACAUUUGUGUGUGUGCGUUGUGUGUGUCACAAAUAUGGUGAGCAGAGCAACCCUCAAAUCUGUAGCCGUGGUUGUUAAACCAUUUCAAAACCCUUUCAACCUUCACACUCCUACAGACACAUAAUCAGCUGAAAUGGGCUGUGACAAGAAAUGAGUUCUGCCAUUGUGGUUUUACAUUCGUUCCUUAAAGAGCGGCCAUGAAUCUCAAUUUGCCAGUUCGUCUGUUGUUUUCUCUUCAACAUUAGGCCUCAGUCUUUGUCCCUGCCAAGUCUUCUUCAUUGCCUAACUAAAAUGAGCCAAAAUAGCCUCUGUUAAAAAAAGAUUUGUUCUCUUUGUUCCAUCAGAGAACAUUGGUUACAUACAUAUCCUUCUGUUUUACGUAUUAAUAGAAAUGUCAGAUUUUGCUGAUGAUGGGCACACUGUCUGUGUACCACAUCAAAUCAAAUCAAAUCAAAUUUUAUUUGCCACAUGCGCCGAAUACAACAGGUGUAGACAUUACCGUGAAAUGCUUACUUACAGCCCUUAACCAACAAUGCAUUUAUUUCUUAAUAAAAAAGUAAAAUAAAACAACAACAACAAAAAAGUGUUGAGAAAAAAAGAGCAGAAGUAAAAUAAAAUAACAGUAGAGAGGCUAUAUACAGGGGGGUACCCUGUGGGUAGAGUUAAAGUGACUAUACAUAAAUAAUUAACAGAGUAGCAGCAGCGUAAAAAGAUGAGGUGGGGGUGCAAAUAGUCCGGGUAGCCAUGAUUAGCUGUUCAGGAGUCUUAUGGGUUGGGCGUAGAAGCUGUUGAGAAGCCUUUUGGACCUAGACUUGGCGCUCCGGUACAGCUUGCCGUGCGGUAGCAGAGAGAACAGUCUAUGACUAGGGUGGCUGGAGUCUUUGAUAAUUUUGAGGGCCUUCCUCUGACACCGCCUGGUAUAGAGGUCCUGGAUGGCAGGAAGCUUGGCCCCAGUGAUGUACUGGGCCGUACGCACUACCCUCUGUAGUGCCUUGCGGUCGGAGGCCGAGCAGUUGCCAUACCAGGCGAUGAUGCAACCAGUCAGGAUGCUCUCGAUGGUGCAGCUGUAUAACUUUUUGAGGAUCUGAGGACCCAUGCCAAAUCUUUUCAGUCUCCUGAGGGGGAAUAGGCUUUGUCGUGCCCUCUUCACGACUGUCUUGGUGUGUUUGGACCAUGAUAGUUCGUUGGUGAUGUGGACACCAAGGAACUUGAAACUCUCAACCUGUUCCACUACAGCCCCGUCGAUGAGAAUGGGGGCGUGCUCAGUCCUCUUUUUUUCCCUGUAGUCCACAAUCAUCUCCUUUGUCUUGGUCACGUUGAGGGAAAGGUUGUUAUUCUGGCACCACACGGCCAGGUCUCUGACCUCCUCCCUAUAGGCUGUCUCAUCGUUGUCGGUGAUCAGGCCUACCACUGUUGUGUCGUCGGCAAACUUAAUGAUGGUGUUGGAGUCAUGCCUGGCCAUGCAGUCAUGGGUGAACAGGGAGUACAGGAGGGGACUGAGCACACACCCCUGAGGGGCCCCCGUGUUGAGGAUCAGUGUGGCAGAUGUGUUGUUACCUACCCUUACCACCUGGGGGUGGCCCGUCAGGAAGUCCAGGAUCCAGUUGCAGAGGGAGGUGUUUAGUCCCAGGAUCCUUAGCUUAGUGAUGAGCUUUGAGGGCACUAUGGUGUUGAAUGCUGAGCUGUAGUCAAUGAAUAGCAUUCUCACAUAGGUGUUCCUCUUGUCCAGGUGGGAAAGGGCAGUGUGGAGUGCAAUAGAGAUUGCGUCAUCUGUGGAUCUGUUGGGGCGGUAUGCAAAUUGGAGUGGGUCUAGGGUUUCUGGGAUAAUGGUGUUGAUGUGAGCCAUGACCAGCCUUUCAAAGCACUUCAUGGCUACAGACGUCAGUGCUACGGGUCGGUAGUCAUUACAUUUAGGCAGGUUAUCUUAGUGUCCUUGGGCACGGGGACUAUGGUGGUCUGCUUGAGACAUGUUGGUAUUACAGACUCAGUCAGGGACAUGUUGAAAAUGUCGGUGAAGACACUUGCCAGUUGGUCAGCACAUGCUUGGAGUACACGUCCUGGUAAUCCAUCUGGCCCUGCGGCCUUGUGAAUGUUGACCAGCUUAAAAGUCUUACUCACAUCGUCUACGGAGAGCGUGAUCACAUAGUCAUCCGGAACAGCUGGUGCUCUCAUGCAUGCUUCAGUGUUGCUUGCCUCGAAGCGAGCAUAGAAGUGGUUUGGCUCGUCUGGUAGGCUUAUGUCACUGGGCAGCUCGCGGCUGUGCUUCCCUUUGUAAAUAUAAUAUAAUAAUAUGCCAUUUAGCAGAUGCUUUUAUCCAAAGCGACUUACAGUCAUGCGUGCAUACAUUUUUGUGCAUGGGUGGUCCCGGGGAUUGAACCUACUACCCUGGCGUUACAAGCACCGUGCUCUACCAGCUGAGCUACAGAGGACCACUUUGUAGUCUGUAAUAGUUUUCAAGCCCUGCCACAUCCGACGAGCGUCAGAGCCGGUGUAGUACGAUUCAAUCUUAGUCCUGUAUUGACUCUUUGCCUGUUUGAUGGUUCGUCUGAGGGCAUAGCGGGAAUUCUUAUAAGCGUCCGGGUUAGAGUGCCGCUCCUUGAAAGCGGCAGCUCUACCCUUUAGCUCAGUGCGGAUGUUGCCUGUAAUCCAUGGCUUCUGGUUGGGGAAUGUACGUACGGUCACUGUGGGGAUGACGUCAUCGAUGCACUUAUUGAUGAAGCCAGUGACUGAUGUGGUGUACUCCUCAAUGCUAUCUGAAGAAUCCCGGAACAUGUUCCAGUCUGUGCUAGCAAAACAGUCCUGUAGCUUAGCAUCUGUGUCAUCUGACCACUUUUUUAUUAACUGAGUCACUGGUGCUUCCUGCUUUAGUUUUUGCUUAUAAGCAGGAAUCAGGAGGAUAGAGUUAUGGUCAGUUUGCCAAAUGGAGGGCGAGGGAGAGCUUUGUAUGCGUCUCUGUGUGUGGAGUAAAGGUGGUCUAGAGUUUUUUUUCCCUCUGGUUGCACAUUUAACAUGCUGGUAGAAAUUAGGUAGAACGGAUUUAAGUUUCCCUGCAUUAAAGUCCCCGGCCACUAGGAGCGCUGCCUAGUGUUGUAGCUUGCUGUUACUUUAGCGCCCCCUACUGCUCAGUGCUGCAGGUCAGAGUGGGUACGGCCCAGUCGUCACUGUCUAGUACAGGGUUUCCCAAACUCGGUCCUGAGCCCGGGUGCACAUUUUGAUUUUUGCCCUAGUACUACACAGCUGAUUCAAAUACCCAACUCAUCAUCAAGCUUUGAUUAUUUGAAUCAGCUGUGUAGUGCUAGGGCAAAAACUAAAACGUGCACCCCAGGGGGGGCCCUAGGACCGAGUUUGGGAAACCCUGUUCUAGUAGUACCUUCACUUAAUAAUCACUAAUUGUAUUUUAUCCACUAACCCCAAUCUUAUAUUAUCCAGAUGUGUUUACAUACUUAGUUAGGAAGAGAGACAUCUGAUUGAAUCAAGUCCUGAUGGUGUAUACAUACUCUAAGAAGCAAAUAAAUAUUUUAUUGCAACCAAUCAAUCCCUUUUUACAUCAGCAGUUGUCACAAAGUGCUAUACAGAUACCCAGCCUUAAACUCCAAAGAGCAAGCAAUGCAGAUGUAGAAGCACAGUGGCUAGGAAAAACUCCCUAGAAAGGAAGGAACUGAGGAAAAAAACCUAGAGAGGAACAGGCUCUGAGGGGUGGCCAGUCCUCAUCUGCCUGUGCCGGGCGGGGAUUAUAACAGUACAUGGUCAAUUAGGCCAGAUCGUUCUUCAAGACAUUCAUAGAUGACCAGCAGGGUCAACAGUUUAACACCUCAGGAGUAAAUGUCAGUUGGCUUUUCAUAGCCGAGAAAGGAUUCAAGUAUCUGUGAAAACAGAUAAAUAACAGAUAUAUUCAUAGUCGCACGUUUCGUCACAAUAUUGUUUAGAAUGUAUGUUUUAGGACUGAUGCCCAGCUGAGCAUUCUACUCAAUGGAUGCUGAUUUUGUCUAAAGUGCAUUACUGUAGCUUUGAAACCCGAUGUCAUUUCAAAAGGAGGCAAAUCAUUUGUAGGACAAGCUUUUGUCAUCAUUGGGAUGUCACCAGAUUGACUUUAGAUACAGUAAAACUUUAGCUAGCUAGCUUGCUAAGAUUGAGGGGAGAGCAUUGGCAUUUUAGCUAGCUAACAUUAGCAUUGCUAGUUAUUUCUGACAAACUUUUCUAGCUGAUGGCAAAAUUGCCAUCUCUCUAAAAUAAACUUGACGACAAUGAUGGCAAAGUUGUUUUGUACAAAUUAUUUGUCUACUUUAGCAAUGUCAUCGUAUUUCCAGGUCACUAUAGUGUACAUUUGACGAAACAGUCAUUAGCCCCCCUUCAGAAAAACUGAGCAUUAAAAAUCAGACAUCAAUAUGCUGCAGCAUUUGUAGAACGUUUGUUGAUAACAAUGGCAACAACGCGACCGAGUGACAGAGGUGCAAAAAUGAAUAUGCCUCCACUUCUAUCAGUCUGUCCUUGAACAUUGGAUGUUUUUAUCUAAUACAGCCAGUCUUUGAAAAAUAAAAGCAUUCAUCCCUUUGCCGUGGCCAUGGUAGCCUACAUUGCAUGGUACAAAUGCUGACACAAAAUAUUGAAAUACAAUAAGCAAGCUCAAACCCUUGGAUUUGUCAGUGUUGAGUAGAUCCAGAGAAUAAAGCAACAUGGAUGAAAGGGCUAUUGCUAAUCCCCCCCCUUUAAUCUUUCAUUUUAUCAUCUAUCUAUCUUACUACUCAAUUGGUAAAAAUAUUAUAGAAUCUGUUCAUAACAGACCUUGACUUUGCUGAGCCUACACCAAUGAAUCGAUGCAUAUUAAUUUGAUAUACAGAUACAGUUGAAGUCGGAAGUUUACAUACACUUAGGUUGGAGUCAUUAAAACUCGUUUUUCAACCACUCCACAAAUUAACAAAUUAUAGUUUUGGCAAGUCGGUUAGGACAUCUACUUUGUGCAUGACACAAGUAAUUUUUCCAACAAUUGUUUACAGACAGAUUAUUUCACUUAUAAUUCACUGUAUCACAAUUCCAGUGGGUCAGAAGUUUACAUACACUAAGUUGACUGUGCCUUUAAACAGCUUGGAAAAUUCCAGAAAAUGAUGUCAUGGCUUUAGAAGCUUCUGAUAGGCUAAUUGACAUCAUUUGAGUCAAUUGGAGGUGUACCUGUGGAUGUAUUUCAAGGCCUACCUUCAAACUCAGUGCCUCUUUGCUUGACAUCAUGGGAAAAUCAAAAGAAAUCAGCCAAGACCUCAGAUUUUUUUUUUUUGACCUCCACAGGUCUGGUUCAUCCUUAGGAGCAAUUUCCAAACGCCUGAAGGUACCACGUUCAUCUGUACAAACAAUAGUACGCAAGAAUAAACACCAUGGGACCACGCAGCCGUCAUACCGCUCAGGAAGGAGACGCGUUCUGUCUCCUAGAGAUGAACGUACUUUGGUGUGAAAAGUGCAAAUCAAUCCCAGAACAACAGCAAAGGACCUUCUGAAGAUGCUGGAGGAAACAGGUACAAAAGUAUCUAUAUCCACAGUAAAACGAGUCCUAUAUCGAUAUAACCUGAAAGGCUGCUCAGCAAGGAAGAAUCCACUGCUCCAAAACCGACAUAAAAAAGACAGACUACGGUUUGCAACUACACAUGGAUCAUACUUUUUGGAGAAAUGUUCUCUGGUCUGAUGAAACACAAAUAGAACUGUUUGGCCAUAAUGACCAUUGUUAUGUUUGGAGGAAAAAGGGGGUAACUUGCAAGCCGAAGAACACCAUCCCAACCGUGAAGCACGGGGGUGGCAGCAUCAUGCUGUGGGGGUGCUUUGCUGCAGGAGGGACUGGUGUACUUCACAAAAUAGAUGGCAUCAUGAGGAAGGAAAAUUAUGUGGAUAUAUUGAAGCAACAUCUCAAGACAUCAGUCAGGAAGUUAAAGCUUGGUCGUAAAUGGGUCUUCCAAAUGGACAAUGACCCCAAGCAUACUUCCAAAGUUGUGACAAAAUGGCUUAAGGACAACAAAGUCAAGGUAUUGAAGUGGCCAUCACAAAGCCCUGACCUCAAUCCUAUAGAACAUUUGUGGGCAGAACUGAAAAAGCGUGUGCGAGCAAGGAGGCCUACAAACCUGACUCAGUUACACCAGCUCUGUCAGGAGGAAUGGGCCAAAAUUCACCCAACUUAUUGUGUGAAGCUUGUGGAAGGCUACCCGAAACAUUUGACCCAAGUUAAACAAUUUAAAGGCAAUGCUACCAAAUACUAAUUGAGUGUAUGUAAACUUCUGACCCACUGGGAAUGUGAUGAAAUAAAUAAAAGCUGAAAUAAAUCAUUCUCUCUACUAUUAUUCUGACAUUUCACAUUCUUAAAAUAAAGUGGUGAUCCUAACUGACCUAAAACAGGGAAUUUUUACUAGGAUUAAAUGUCAGGAACUGUGAAAAACUGAGUUUAAAGUAUUUGGCAAAGGUGUAUGUAAACUUCAGACUUCAACUGUAUACAAUAGCAAUGUCCCCACACCAAAUAUUAUAGCAUUACAAUGCUCAAUAAAAGAGAACCCUUGGUCUCUGAAUUUGAAGCUCUGAUGUACUGGGGAAGCUUCAACAAUAUGUCCUCAGUAUGAGGUGCCGUAGAUAGACUACAGCCCAUAAUCAUAUUAAUAUAAAUGGGAGCAUGGAUUUUAACCAAGCAGAAAGCCUGCUUUGUGUGACUUGGGCUUGAUUAAACAUCAGUUGGACGGUGUGAUUGACACGCCAGCCCGGAUUCCCAUUCUCUCUCCACAAAUGGAGGGUAAACAAUGUCUUAUCACCCACAAUCCAGGGCUGCUUUCCAAUCGAUCGCCUUGCCGUGUAUUGGAUUUGAAGGUCUGUUUGACUUUGACGGCGUCAAGGACUUUUUGCCGUGGAGUUGAAGAUGUGUGGUCAGCUUCCAAUUGUUUUUAUUGACCGGAGGAAGGAGAGAGACAAGCAACUAGAAAAAUAGCAAGAGGCUGAAAAUAUAAUGCUGACAUGAUAAAAGGCUGAAUAAUAAUGGAUUGGAAGCCCUUUAGUGCAAACAGAGAAAACUGAAAAUAAAACAGCCCCACAUAAUCCUCUUGAGCCGCAGACGGUAAAUUUAAAUCCUAAUCAGCUUGCAUUUUGGGGAAACUGAAAUGCUAUAUUUGCACUUGAGGCCCUUACCAUAUCAGAUGCUCUUCAAAAAGGAUUUGUUCGGUGUAUAUACAGUAGCUUAUUAUACAAACAUAGAGAAGGACAGCCUGUAAAUAGAUGGAAUAGAUGUAUGCCUUAUUAAACAUUUAACUAAGACACAAGAGACAUGUCACAAGAGACAUCUCUUACCCCUUAUCUUUAAAAACCGUUUCACAGUAUAAUGUUUGUCGCUCUAUAGUUUUUUAUUUAUUGAUCCCCUAAGUACUCCCAGGUUUAUGUGGGCAGAUACAAUUUCGAUAGAUUUAUCCCAACUACUGGGAUGACGUCAUAGUCAGAGGCCUCUCUCUCUCUCUCUCUCUCUCGUCUCCUCACUCUCUCCCCCCUCCCUCUUUCUCUCUCUCUGCCACUCUGUCAGGUGAAUGGCGAACCUGUCGGCUCAGCGCAAGCAUCAAGGUCACUCCUCCUCUCCUCUCAUUUAAUCCUUCUCCUCUCCCCUCUCUUUAUGGUUUCUGUACAAAUAUGGCAACCCACCAAUCCCACCGGUUCCUACCCGCCUAACUGCACAUUUUGUACCAAUUAGCUUAGCUCUGCAUGAGCUUGGUCCCCCGCGGCCUGCGGGAGCUGGCGAGAGGAAGGCAUGCAUUCUCGUUUAACUCAGCGCCGCACCUUCCGUUUGUGUCUGCGUGUGCAUCACCAGUUCUCUCUCGCAUUGUUGAAAUUAGACUUUGAAAUGACGUUAAAAUGAUGUAACACAGGUUGAGUCGUUGGUGCGUGCGCUGAAAGACACGUGCAUGCGAACACACGUGCAUGCGCAACAGCGCACACACAUACACACACGCAGUCUGGCACACACACUUCUCUCAAGUCCUCAGUGUAACAGGGUUCACUGAGUUGAUGAUUGUGCAUAUGUCGUUGAAAUACUCACGCCACCAACUCCACCAACACCUCUAAAAUGUUAAUGAACCCUUUCAUUUUAGAUGACGUUUGUUUGAUGAGUAAGGGAUGCAGUGAGGUAGCCUGGUCCUAUAUCUGCUUGUGCUGUUCACACAAAGCCCCAUAGAGGUAUACAGAACAAACAGAUAUAGGACCAGGCUAACAAUGACAGAGGCUGUUUCCAGCAAUGCUCCAUAUAGUAGUCUGUAACUUGAUCGGGACACCUUACAUAAAAACAAUUACAUUACAUAUGCUUCGGUUUUAGUUCGAGUGCACACCAAUGGUGGAACAGGCUCCCCCACGACGCCAGGACAGCGGAGUCACUGACCACAUUCCGGAGACACUUGAAACCCUACCUCUUUAAGGAAUACCUGGAAUAGUAUAAAAGUAAUCAUUCUACCCACCCCCCCAUAAUAAAAAAAAGUGGUUGUCCCACUGGCUAUCAUAAGUUGAAUGCACCAAUUUGUAAGUCGCUCUGGAUAAGAAAUGACGUAAAUGUAAAUGUUUGUCUGUGACUCUGUGAGUAAGCUGCAUUGGGGAAAAUAUAGGCUAAAAAUACCCUUAUCUUUGUUCUGUUUUGUCCUUUUCCUGGUGCACAGUAAGAGGAUUAGGUUAGAAGGGUGCUUAAUAUACCUUUUUUCAAUGCGUUUUCCCUCAUGUCUGGGUCAAUGUUUCCACCCGAGGCCAUUGAACUGUAACUGUGACAUUUUAACUGUCAUUUUAACACUCCCCUCUUCCCAAAAAAACACUGUUUUAUCAUUCCUCUGCAAUUCAACCAGGCUCAGUCAGCCAAGGAAGAGACAUUUGUCAUUUGAAGUGAAAGGACAACUUUGAACCAAAAGUGUCUAGUUUUGCUGUUAUACCAAUUACCAAAAGUGUCAAGUAGUGUCUAGCUUUGCUGUUACUAAAUCUAAUCUGCUUGCGUAGAGUGGUUUUAUGGUUUAUGGCGUGCAAAUGUGCCAAUGUAUGUGUGUGUGUGUGUGUGUGUGUGUGUGUGUGUGUGCGUGAGUUUGUGUGAGUGCGUGUAUGUGAGCGUGUGUUAGUCUUGUGUGUGUUAGUCCCAUGUGUGCGCGUGUGUGUGCAUGUGUCUGUUAGUCCCCGUGUAUAUGUGAGUGUCUGUGCAUUUUGAGUGGGUGGAUGUGCAGUUGGCACCUGGCGGCUUUGUCACUUUACAUUUGCCUUUCACUGUGUAUUCUGUCUGUGUUGCAGAGCGAGGGAAGGGGAGGCAACGCCAGGCCAUUCUGGGAGAGCAUCCGUCCUCCUACAGCGACAACGGCUAUGGUCAGUGUCGCUCACAUUCGCUGCCUCUCUUUAUCCAUCCCUCCCUCGCUCUUUCUCUCUUUCUCUCUUUUUGUCUCAUGUCUCUCCCUCACACGCACACACACACUCCCUCUCUCUUUAUCCCUCUCAUUCUGACUCAUCUCUCUUUCGCCGUCUCUCGAUCCCUCUCUUUCUGUCUCCUCAUCUCUCUCUUCUUCCACCUUUCUUUCUCCCAGCAUCUCCCUUUCUCUGUAGCCCUCUCUCAGACUCAUCUCUCUCUUUCUCAGAAUCUCUAAUUCUCUCUCUUUAUCAUUCUAUCUGGCUCACCACGUCUACAGUAUCUCUUUUCUUUCCCAUUCCUCUCUUUAUCCAUCCAUCCAUCUCUCUCUCUCUCUCUCUCUCUCUCUCUCUCUCUCUCUCUCUCUCUCUCUCUCUCUCUCUCUCUCUCUCUCUCUCUCUCUCUCUAUCUCUCUCUCUCUCUCUCUGUGACUGUCAUUGUGCAGCUGGGCUUUGGGUAUCCUGUAAUUAAGCUCUGUCACCCACAGACACUUACAUCUGGAGGAGAUGGUGGAGGUUGGAUGGAUGGAAAAACAUGGGGAGGAGGGGUGGUGUCUGCGUAUGUGUGUGUCAUACAGUCAUUGGUGUGUAUGUGUGUGUGUGUAUAUGUGUGUGUCGGGGGUUUGGAAAGAGCGUGAUGAUGUGAUGCGGCCGCUCUUGAAGGCACUUGGUAAUUAGCGAGAUCUCCAGGGGAAACAGGGUGCAGUGGUGUAGAAAAUGGUCUAGGACCUUUUUUAGUACUGCUGGAAUUUUUUCUCCUUCUUCAUGGGGGGCUGGGGGCUGAGGGGGGAAGUUUGCACUGUCAUCUCAACCAUCCCAAAUAAGGUCAUCAUAUGUCUGUGGCAGCUUUUUCUUGUUCUUUCUUUCUCUCUCUCUCUCUCUCUCUCUCUCUCUCUCCCUCUCUCUCUCUGCCCCCCUCUGUCUCUCUCGCACUCUCGCACUCUCUCUAUAUUUCUCUCUCUCUCUGCCCCCUCUGUCACUCCCUCUCUCUCACACACACUCUCUCACUCUCUUUCUCUCUCUCUCUCCCUCUCUCUCUGCCCGCCUCUGUCUCUCUCUCUAUCGCUCUCUCUCUGCCACCCUCUGUCUCUCUCUCUCUCACUAUUUAUUUUUCUCUCUUUCACUUUCUCUCUCUCCCCCUCUCUAUCUUUUGUCUCUCUCUCUCUCUGCCUCUCUCUUUCUAUCUAACUCUCUCUUUCUCUUCUGCCCCCCCCCCUCUCUCUCUCUCUCGCGCGCUCCCUCUCUAUUUCUCACUUUCUCUCUCAUCGUCUUAUUCUCUCUCCCCCCUCACCCUCUCUCUCUCCCACUCUCCAGGGUCACACUGCCCCCUGUUGCCCCUGCCCAGCAAUAACAGGUACAAGAGGAGAUUCCCCCAUGACGCCCAGGAGGUGGUGGCCUACCCCCUGCCCCAGACCUCCUCCUAUAUGGGCCACGCCUCCAGCUCGUCGGUCGCCAUGGUGAGCGGCCUGCACCCCGCCAAGAUGAACUGCACCCGCAUCUUCAACCUCUUCUGCCUGUACGGGAAUAUCGAGAAGGUCAGUGUCAGCGUCUGUUUUCGCACGCGAUUAAAGCUACAGUCUGCAAUUCAAACAACGUCAUUCAUUUAAAAGUCAAAAAAUUGAUGUAUCAAUCCUGGAUUGCCGCUUUAAAUGAGAGGGUUGAGGGCAGUAGAGUAACAGCUAGUGUGACUAGGGGCUGGAUGCAAUCAAAGGUGCCAUGGCAAUCUUUAUGCAGUAGCUUUGGUUACAGAAUCACUGCCAGCAACCUACCACUGUGAGGGGAGUACCUACCAGUUUGUUUCAAUUGAAUCCUGAACCAUAAUAUGUUUUAGAUUGAGACUUAUUCCAUUUGGUCUCUGUUUAAACGCGGAUAAAAACUAAAGUGUGCUUAGUGAUUAGUUGACCAAUCAAGUGUGCUGGUACUGGAGUAGUACUGGCGUACUCGAAGAGAAGCCAUUAGUAGGGGAAAUGCAAAACUGACCCAAGAUCAGCGUCACCUAGUAGAAUAUCAGAAGGUCUGUAUGGAUUCACAGUGAUGCCAUUCGGUCUUAUUUACGCCCCCAGGUGAAGUUUAUGAAGAGCGUCCCAGGCACCGCACUGGUAGAGAUGGGAGAUGAGUACGCUGUGGACCGAUCCAUCACACACCUCAACAGCAUCAAGGUGUUCAGCAAGAGGCUCAACGUCUGGUGAGGAGGCUACAUGUUUCACCUUUGACCCCCACCCCGUGAACCCUAGCUUGAUGAGCAUGACAUUUCUCUUUCUCAGUUCAUCUUUCCUCGAUUCCUCGGGUCAUCUCUCCUUGCCUCCUUCUCAAAAUACAUUGGAAGAACAGGUGUAAGGGAAGCACCUUGGAUCUUCUCCUCAAAUGCGUUUUGAGAAGGAGGCAAGAAGAGAGGAUGCGAGGCCAUUUCUUGAAAGAGACAUUGUUUGAAUACUUAUAACCUAAUGGUCCCCUUGGUUUCAUCUAGUUUUAGAUCAGUAAUUACUUAUAGAAAGGAAGGAAAUGAGUAUUUUAGAAUGAUUUUAAAAGGGCCUAUGCCAUGAUACUUAACAGCAUGCUUUCGCUAAAGCAACAGAAACAAAAAUGUAUAGUUUGGCUUACAUAACUUGUAACUCUUUAUUUUGGCCUUACAUAAUAAAACGUUCCUUAAGUAAAUGUUGUAAUUUAUAACCUAAAUAUACUAUUCUUACAUUUAGAUUAAACAUUUCAACAUUUACUUUAGAAACAUCAUUAUCAUCAAUCUGUUACUUAGCAAGUUUGGGUUUUGGAAUCUUCAAAGCGUUAUGAAAAAAGGACAGAGUAGGUGCACAAAGGCCUUAUUUGUCUCGACAGCGUUGGCUGUUCAAAGGCUCUGUAUGGGUUGCGUUGCGUUGUCCUAUCGAAUUGGCAGCCUCCAUCCAUCAGAAUAAUUAAUUGCCUUAGCUGCUAGAUCCAGUUUAGAUGAGGCUUCGUUCAGCUGCGCUGGGCUUAAACCCCGCCGCAAGGAAUUCAAAAGCGUUUCAUUAUGUUGGCGGACGGUCCACCAGCAUCUGACUGCAUAGCCAAUCUGAAGACAUUGCUGCAACAUAUGAGGCGUUGUUUGUAACAUGCUAUAUGUUGUGAAAUACAUAUUUUUCCAUAACAUGUUAUAAACAAUGCCCCAAAUAGUAUAGCAUGUUACAAUACAAAUGCCCAAAUAAUUAUAGCAUGUUAAAAACGGCACUCUCAUAGCAACUCUUCUAUAUCUAGGCCUCUGAAUGAGAGACUGCAUAGCAUUGUAAAACCUAAAGGGCAUUUCAUAAAUCACCUUCAACCCGUUGGGAGUUAGUCUCUCGCAGCACUAAGCCGAUACGUACCUAACCUCUCGCUCCCCUCUGCCCUUGAGAGCCAAUUUGUUAUUAGAGGGUCGGAAACGUUUUUUUCAUGUUUACUCCUCCUAUCCCUAUCUGUGCCUUGGCCUCAUGGAUGUAUAAACCCCAUUGAACAUGCUCUCUUUUUGUUCACCCACUAUAGGAGAGCUGCAAACAUAGAAUUACAUAUAGAUUCUCUAUGGCUGGCAAUCUAUCAGUUGCGUUCUGAUUCCUCUCCUUUUACUCUUCUUCUCUCUUCCCCCAUCCCUCCCUUCCCUCUGUUUUAUAUCUUCUUCGUUAUCUACACCUCUUCUCCCGCUGUCGUCUGUCCUGUCUGUCUGUCUGUCUAUCUUGUCUGUCUGUCUGUCUGUCUGGUCGUCUGUCUGUCUGUCUGUCUCGUCUGUCUGUCUGUCUGUCUGUCUGUCUGUCUGUCUGUCUGUCUGUCUGUCUGUCUGUCUGUCUGUAUCUAUCUAUCUAUCUAUCUAUCUAUCUAUCUAUCUAUCUAUCUAUCUAUCUAUCUACAUCUACUAUCUAUCUAUCUAUCUAUCUAUCUAUCUAUCUAUCAUAUCUAGCUAUCUAUCUAUCUAUCUAUCUAUCUAUCUAUCUAUCUAUCUAUCUAUCUAUCUAUCUAUCUAUCUACCUACCUAUUGCUCCAUCCAUUCAUCCCUCCCUCCCUUCCUCGAUCUUUCCCUCCCUCCAGUGUGUCCAAGCAGCACGCGGUCAUCCCCAGUCAGGUGUUUGAGCUGGAGGACGGCAGCAGCAGCUACAAGGACUUCGCCAUGACCCGGAACAACCGCUUCAGCAGCGUGGGCCAGGCGUCCAAGAACAUCAUCCAGCCGCCCGCCGCUGUGCUGCACUUCUACAAUGUCCCGCCCUGCAUCACUGAGGACGAGCUGCAGAGGGUGGGUGUGGAGGGGAUGGAGGGAGGGAGGGGUGGGUGUUUAGGCUGGAAUGGUGACUGAUGUCUAGAGAGGCAGGAGGUGGGGGUAAGGGGAGGUUGAACCCUUUCUAUAGUGGAAUUAAAAGUUUGGAUGACCCUGAGAAUGGGUAACAGGAGACACCUGCCUAUAGGGUAGAGAGGACGCAAGUGGGGAGAUUGUUCUUACAUUUUUUAUAAACAGGCAUUCAAAUGUUUGCAAUAUGUCAAGUUAUUUGGCAUCAGACAGACAUUAGCCCCGUGGCCCUCCAAUACCAGGUUUGAAUAACACUGGCCUAUAGUAGCCUAUUUAUUGUCCAGUGUUGAGAUUCAUAUCAUAACAUCGCCAUCUAGUGGAUUAUGUAUACAAAACACUGAAUGAAGCAAUGACGCAAUAGCUGAACCCUUUCUGUUGUGUGCUUUAUCGUUAGUUAUGUACAGAGCACGAUGUACCCAGUUUCAUCAAGUUCAAAGUCUUCGAUGCAAAACGUAAGUGCUCAUUUCAUUCAUUAUGUUGGUCUAAAUGGACGUUAUAUAACAUGAGUCAAUUCAGCUGUUUUUCUAAUGAAUGUGUCCGCAACAGCUAGGCACCUAGAUUAUAAAUGUAAUUAAUAAGGAAAUAGAUAAAUAAUAUUCUACUAUCAUUGAUAUGAAUAGACCAUUAUGAAUGCUUUUCUAUAAAUGUUUAUAAAUGCUUUCAGAAUUAUCAUACAUGUUGUAAAUGCUUAUGAAUUGUAAUGCGUAUCAAUGUUUACAAAUGAUGAAAUACUUAUUUAUGAAUAGUUUAUAGUUUAUUAAUGCCUAUUCAUGAAAGUUAUUAUAAAGCGUUACCGACAUAUUGUUAUGUAUUAUUAACAAUCAGUUUCACAUGUUGUCUUUUCCCAUCACUAUCUUUUGAAGUUGGCUGAUGUUUUUCCCUCUCCCUUCUAGCCAGCUCCAAAACUAUCUCAGGCUUAUUCGAAUUUGACAACAAGACACACGCUGUGGAGGUUUUAACAGUCCUCAACCACCACCAGAUCAGAAUACCAAGUAAGUACUGUGUACUACUCCGAAGUGAAUGACAUAAGAAUGCUUGCUUCAAUGACAGAAAAGUAGCGAGACAUAAUGAAAAGAGCGAGACAUAAUGAAAAGAGCGAGAGAUAAUGAGAGAAUGAUAGAAAGAGAAUGUGUCACCUAUGCCAACACCGUAUGUGUGCCAGAGACUGCAGCCAUAACCACUAGACAACACAUGCCACCUCCUCUGUCUCUUUUAAGUAGUAUACUGUAUAUGGAGACUGUUUAAUGCCAAAAGUAUGGGGUUAAAUACCUGUACAAAUAUAUAUAUAUAUAUAUAUAUAUAUAUAUAUAUUUCUUAUAUCUCUCAGAUAUUUGAGAGACACUUCAGAAAAACUUCCUUUUUAUAUUUUUUGGGGGACUGUCUGUUGUUCCAUGUAGUGAAUCUGUUAUUCAAUACGUUUGAAUGGACUAAUAGCAGUAAGGCCCAAAAUAAUUUUUCAGCAAAUAUAGAUAUAUUUUUUGGGGGGGAUAAAAUCAAAAUCAAAUAGCUAAAUGAUUCUUGGUAUGACCUUCUUAAAACAAAUACAUAUAGCUUAGUAGAACCCCCCUCCCCCAACUUAGACAGGCCUUAGACUCUUAUUGGUUAACAAAACAACUAUGCUACCCAAGCAUAAUGGUAAUAUUCAAUAGCUGACUAGUGCAGUAUGAUUGCAUAGAACCAAAACAUUUGUUAUAAGAUAGUUGAAUUGUAUAUGUUAACAUUAAUUCUGAUAUUGUAGGCCACAUCUAAAAAUAUAUUUUCACCAGAUCUUUUUCAGAGCUUAUUUGAUUGCUAAAAAUACCAAUUAGUGAAAAAAUAAUAUUAGAAUUGGGCUGCUCGUCUAAACGCAGGCUAACUGACUUUCAAUGUAAACCAUUGUUUUUUCAAGUCUCUCUAACCUGUAGCAUGGAAUAAAGCUAGGUAGUAAUGCUAGCCUGUGCAUGUCAUUGACAGGUGCUUAGCUUUACUCCAUGCUUCAGGCUGCAUUACACUUCUUCUGAGGGGUUUCCCUAAUAGAACUCCCAGUCAUACUGUCGGUUGGUGGAAAUCCCCAUCGGUUGGUGGAAAUCCCCAUCGGUUGGUGGAAAUCCCCAUCGACUGAGGAUGAGGGGUCAUCAUUAUGUAGCUGUGUAGAAAUUAUGAAUAAUAAUAAACUACAUUUAUCAAUCGGACGCCAUUAUUAUGUGAAUAAAUGCAACAGACCCUGUGCGUCUCUGAAGGAUCUAGCAAGAUAGUGAAUCAUUGCAUCACCGACUCAGUAUGACUAUAAUGAACAUGUGUCUAUCUUGCACUAUUAUGCAAUUAUUAAGAGGCUAGAUACAAAUAGCUAAUGCAAUGUUCUAGCAUUAAUUUAUUGAGGCAAGCAGCUCAGGGAUGUCAAGUUGGUACCCAAGCAUGUGCUAUGUGUUUAGUGUAAUUAACAACUAUCAAAUUAAAGGCAAAUAGUCAAUCAAAUAAUGACUCUGUAAAACGAGGAAUGGAUUUACUCAAUUCAACUAAUAUAAUGUAUCAGUCACAAAAUAAUUGACACUCAAACAAUUACAGUGUACAUGAAAUACAUGAUACAUUACAGAAUAACACAGAGUACAUGACUAUCACCAACAGGCUAAGACUUCCGUUCAGAAUCAUCUCUAAGAGAAAAAACGAUGUGUGUCUGAUACACACAGGAGCUUGGUAGCAAGUUCUCAAAGUAUGAGCAAAUUCACUGCCCUUUUAACCAAAUUCAAGCAGGAACACACCCCCAACCUGAAUAAACAUUUCUUAGCACUUUGCUAGUGAAAACAAAAGGCAGGAAAACACACCCAGAUUCAUAUCUAAUCAACUCAAUUUGAAUGUUAUGACUGGACAACAGGAAUGUGCCUGAUAACCAGUCAACCCAAUAUACAAUUUCAAUCCAGUUACUUUAAAAAUACAUAAACCAGAAUGCAUAUCAAAAUGUGCAGCUCUUCAUAAGCUCUUGAAACAAACACUACAAUUUAAUUCACACAGUAACAGUCGUCACUCCUCUCAUCAGUGACCCCAGGAUUUCUGUGGAAAAGUCUCAUCCUGGAGAUUGCCACUGUGAAGGUGUGGCUCUCUCUUGUGAGAUUUUUAUUUAACUAGGAAAGUCAGUUAAGAACAAAUUCUUAUUUACAAUGAAGGCUUACCCCGGCCAAACCCUCCCCUAAGCCAGAUGUCGCUGGGCCAAUUGUGCUCCCGAUCACGGCCAGUUGUGAUACAGCCCGGGAUCAAACCCGGGUUUGUAGUGACGCCUCUAGCACUACGAUGCAGUGCCUUAGACCACGACGCCACUCGGUCCCCCAUAUACAGCCAGCCAUCCAGACAAUGCCAAAUUGAAUCAACACGCCAGGCUAGCCGCUAGACGCCUCUUCAUCACUGGUCUUCAUCAUCGUUCACAGUUGUUCACUCUCUCUAUUUUUCGACUACAAUACAAGUUAAAUACAUUUUUGUUGUAUUCUUCACUUGUGCUCCUCCCUUACACAGCAGGUAUUCACCUUCACACGGGCCGACAACGCAAACAAAAGCCAAUAGACGUAACUUUUAAAACAAUUUUUAUUGUGAGGCAAAACAAAAAUGGAGCCCACCCCCCAAACACCUCCAUUGUGUGCUUUCAUUAUUUGUUUAGUGGCAGAGAAGGAAAAUUGCAGGAGAAAGCCUUGUUUUCUGUAAUAAUAAUGUCUGUCAUACAGAGAGCCUGACGGGGGUGGCAGACCUAAGGUCCCAGUUAGCUGGAAAUAGUCAGAAUACAGAAUAUAAGGAGUAACCCCUUGAGGCAACACAACACACACACAAACACUCACUCCAUCAUUUGCUCACUCACACAUAAUAUGCACAUACAUUUAUACUGACUUUACACACCCACACACCCACUCACAUGCAAGUUGCUGCUACUCUGUUUAUCUUAUAUCCUGUUGCCAAGUCACCUUACCCCUAUACAUAUCUACCUCCAUCACCCCAGUAUCCCUGCACAUGUAAAUAUGGUAUUGGAACUGUCUUUUUAAAUAUUCCCUGUAUAUAGUAUACUUACUUAAUUAUUACUUUAUUGUGUAUUUCUUAUUCUUAUUCUUAUUUCUCGUGUUUUUUUGUUUGUUUUUUUGUAAUACAUUGUUAUGGAUUAUUGCAUUGUUGGGCUUUGAGUUAGCAAGAAAGGCAUUUCACUGUACUUGUGCAUGUGACAUUAAAACUUGAAACUUGAAACUGGAAACAUGAUCCUGACUAGUAAAUACCAGGCAUUCAGUUGAAAUGUUGAUACAUAAAGAUACAUGACAUAUUAUAAGCGUUAUUAUAAGACAUUAUAAAGGCUUGUGCAUGCUUAUAACAAGUAGUAAACAAUUAUACCUGCAGGCUACCUCCCCUGUGAUCUAGAAAAUGUAUAGAGCAAAUGUUGCUACCGAGUGUUUUAUCAAAGUUAGCUCGAUAACUCAUUGAUCCUGUCUCUUUAAAAGAACACUCUGUAACACUUUACUUAAUAAGUUGGCCUUUUAUAUGGAGUGGUUUCAGAAUCUUUAGCUGGCUAACUUACUGCCUCUGCUUCAUGAAAUAUGCCACCAGGGCAUUGCUCAAACUGACUAGUGUCAACACAUGAUUAUUUAGAGCAAAUGUUCACACACACACAUACGCACAAAAACACACACACACACGCACACACACACACACACACACACACACACCCCACAAAGUAAAUGUAUAGAGUUAAACGUGUGUGCAAGUCAUGUAUGUUUUAUCCUCUCCUCAUCCCUUCUUCCUAUUCUGUCUUUCCACCUGCAGAUGGUUCCAACCCUUACACCCUCAAGCUUUGCUUCUCCACUUCCUCACACCUCUGA